AUGGAGACUUUUUAUAAUGGUCUCAAUGCCUCAACACGCAUGGUUUUUGAUGCUUCGGCAAAUGGGGCUAUUAUUUCUAAGUCCUACAAUGAAGCAUAUAAGAUUUUGGAGCAUAUUGCCAACAAUAAUUACCAAUGGUCUAAUGCUAGAGCCUCAAUGGGAAUGAAAGUAGUGGGUAUUCAUGAGGUAGAUGCUUUGACAGCUUUGACUACUCAAGUUUCAUCUAUGACCAACCUUGUAAAGGCCAUGAGUAUGGGGGGUAAUUUACAACCAGCUCCUAUGGCCCAAGUAGCGGAUGUGUUGUGUGUAUAUUGUGGAGGAGGGCACACAUUUGAUAGUUGUCCUUCUAAUCUCGCUUUGGUUUGUUACUUGGGGAAUCACAAUGACAACCGCAACAAUCCAUAUUCCAACUCUUACAAUCUGGGUUGGAGGAAUCAUCCCAACUUUUCUUGGGGAGGUCAAGGGGCUAUUUCAAGUGGUGCAGCCACUCCAAACAAGCCUACUUAUCCACCAAGUUUUUAUCAACAACAACAACCAAGAGCUCAACCUCCUCCUCCAAAAGUUUCUCAAACAAGCUUUUUGGAGAAUUUGAUGAAAGAGUAUAUGGCUAAGAAUGAUGUAGUGAUUCAGAGUCAAGCAGGAUCUUUGAGGAACCUAGAGAUUCAAAUGGGACAGCUUGCCAAUGAGUUGACGAAUAGACCACAAGGAACCUUGCCUAGUGAUACCAAAAAUCCAAGGAGAGUUUGCAAUGAGCACUGCAAAGCGAUCACUUUGAGGAAUGGUAUAAAUCUGGAGUUGAAUGUGGAAAAAUCUAAGAGCAUAAGUGAGCCCACUUCAAUCCAAAGUAAUGUGAAAAAGGGAGAAAGAGUUGGAAUUUCGAAUAUGUCAAAAGUUGAUUCUGAAGAAAAUGUUGCAGCAAUUCCUCCGCAAAAUGCAUCAGAGAAGCUAAUUAGCAAGCCACCUCCACCAUUUCCUCAACGAUUUCAAAAGCAGCAGCAAGAUAGCCAAUUCUGGAGAUUUCUAGAUGUUUUGAAGCAACUCCACAUCAACAUACCUCUGGUGGAAGCUUUGGAACAAAUACCCAACUAUGUGAAGUUUUUGAAUGAUAUUUUGACAAAGAAAUAA